AUGCUCUCUUCUGCUGCGCUGCUGCUUGCAGCAGGCUAUUUGGUCUCUGCUGCCCCAACCUCCUCCUCGUCAUAUGCUUCUCGCCCUGCAGAGGCGACCGUGGAGCCCUCCGUCGCGGCAAUCCAAUCUGCAGCAGCCGCUGUUAAGCCGCUGUCGCCAACGAGCAAUGUCAAGGGUCUUGCUUUCGAUCGUUUCUACCAGGUCUGGCUUGAGAACACUGAUUAUCAAGCGACCGCGGGUGACGAAAACUGGGAGUGGCUCGCCUCCCAGGGCAUCACCUUGACCAACUACUACGCUGUCACGCACCCGUCAGAGCCAAACUACUGUGCCGCUGCUGGAGGAGACACCUUCGGCAUGCAGAAUGACGACUUCAACUCUGUUCCUGCCGAUGUUGCUCACAUCGUUGAUUUGCUCGACACCAAGCAGAUUUCCUGGGGCGAGUACCAGGAACACAUCCCUUAUGCCGGCUUCCAGGGUUUCAACUACUCAAACCAAGAGACCUUCAAGAACGAUUACGUCAGAAAGCACAAUCCUCUGAUUCUCUACGACUCGAUUGCCAAGAAUGAUACUCGGGCCCGCCAAAUCAAGGGUUUCGACGAUUUUCAGAACGAUAUCAAGAACCAGGUGCUUCCGCAGUGGGCCUUCAUCACUCCAAACAUGACCAACGAUGCCCACGAUACCAAUAUAACGUUUGCUGGGAGCUGGCUACGUACCUGGAUGGAGCCGUUGCUGAAAAAUGAGUAUGUGAUGAACAACACGGUGUUUUUGUUGACCUUUGACGAAAACGACUCUUACGAAAUCUCCAACAAAGUAUUCUCGGUUCUCAUUGGCGGAGCAAUUCCGGACAACUUAAAGGGAACCACUGACAGCACCUUUUACAACCACUACUCGAGCAUUGCGUCGGUCUCUCAAAACUGGGGCCUCCCGUCGUUGGGAAGAUGGGACUGCCACGCCAACGUCUAUGACAUUGUGGCCAGCAAGACGGGCUACAAGAAUGCUGUGGUCAACAUCAACGACCUUGGGUUAUACUUCAACGAGUCGUACCCUGGUCCGUUUUCUGACACCCAGUACGUCGACGCUUGGCCAGUACCAACCAAUGCCUCGACCUGUGCAAAUGGAAAGGGUGUCUUGCCCGCUGUUGUCCAGCAGAUCAAUGGGAGAGCCCCUACUUUCAACUACACCAACCCAUAUCCUUACGAUGCUUUGACUGGCAACGACUACAUCCAGGGUCCCCCGGCUUAG